CGGUUCCCUCUAUUCGUCACAACGGAUGAUCCGGUUCCUGCUCUUAAAAGUUACCCCGGGGCAAGAUGGCGGACCGGCUAACUCAGCUGCAGGACGCCGUGAACUCCAUGGCCGACCACUUCUGCAACGCCGUGGGGGUGCUGCAGCAGUGCGCGCCCCCCACAUUCUUCCCCAACACGCAGAGCACGGCCCACAAGGAGGUGCCACUCGCCUCCUCCUCCACCUCGUCGCAGGAAGAGUACUCCCAGCUGUUUGCGACGCUGAUCGCACGCACUGCCAAGGAUAUUGAUGUCCUCAUCGACUCCCUGCCGAGCGAGGAGUCGACCGCCGCCCUGCAGGCGGCGAGCCUGCGCCGCCUGGAGGAGGAGAACGUGGACGCCGCCGCCCUGCUGGUGGAGGUGGUGGGGCGAGGCGAGGCGCUGCUGACUCGUGUCCAGGCGGCGCUCGCAGACAUAGCGGAGUCCCAGCUGCGAACGAGGCACUCCCUCCUCGCCCCCUCCUCCUCCUCCUCCUCGUCCUCCACCACCUCGUCCUCCUCCUCCUCCUCCUCGUCGUCCGCCGGCACCGCUGCUACCGGCACCGGGGCUACGUCGGCGGCGGCGGCGGCGGCGGCGGCACCGGCCGCCGGCGCCGCGCCCGAAUCGACGGCGCUACCGCUGCCUCCGCCGCCGCCGCCGCCGGUGCCGGCGAACGCCAACGCUACUCAGCACCAGCAGCAGCAGCAGCAGCAGCACCAGCAGCAGCAGCAGCAGCAGGAGGGAAAGGGGGCAUCCGAAGCGCUGCUGGACCGAGUACUCCCAGCUGUUUGCGACGCUGAUCGCACGCACUGCCAAGGAUAUUGAUGUCCUCAUCGACUCCCUGCCGAGCGAGGAGUCGACCGCCGCCCUACAGGCGGCGAGCCUGCGCCGCCUGGAGGAGGAGAACGUGGACGCCGCCGCCCUGCUGGUGGAGGUGGUGGGGCGAGGCGAGGCGCUGCUG